GGGACAGUCUAGGGUCUGCUUUCGUGGGGUUGCCACGGUAGGACCAGCCGGGAAGAUGCCAGUGGCGGUGAUGGCGGAAAGUGCCUUUAGUUUCAAAAAGUCGCUGGAUCAGUGCGAGAACCAGGAGCUCGAGGCUCCUGGAGGAAUUGCUACUCCCCCAGUGUAUGGUCAGCUGUUAGCUUUAUAUCUGCUUCACAGUGACAUGAAUAAUGCAAGAUAUCUUUGGAAACGGAUACCACCUGCUCUAAAAUCUGCAAAUUCUGAACUUGGGGGAAUUUGGUCAGUAGGACAAAGAAUCUGGCAGAGAGAUUUCCCUGGGAUCUAUACGAUCAUCAACGCACACCAGCGGUCUGAGACGGUCCAGCCAAUCAUGGAAGCAUUAAGAGAUGCAACGAGGAGAAGGGCCUUCGCCCUGGUCUCUCAAGCCUACACCUCCAUCGUUGCGGACGACGUCACUGCCUUUGUCGGGCUCCCGGUGGAAGAGGCCGUGAAAGGUAUAUUAGAACAAGGAUGGCAAGCGGACUCCACCACAAGAAUGGUUAUGCCCAAAAAGCCAGUUACAGGGGCCCUGGAUGUGUCCUUUAACUGGUUUAUUCCUUUAUCAGAGCCUGCCCCGGUGCCCCCGAUCCCCAACGAACAGCAGUUAGCCAGACUGACCGAUUAUGUGGCUUUCCUCGAAAACUGA